UCCGCCUCCCCGGGGCUGCGCCGCUGCUGCCAUCGCCGCUAUGCGCCCAGCUCCGCCGCUGCCCUAGCUGCCCCGCCGCCGGGCUCCUAUAUAAGUGUCGGAGCGGGACCCAGGGGGCUCCUGAAGAUGAGGGCACCGCCGCCUCCGUCCUCUCUGCAGAGCUCAGCGCUUCUGGCCGGCCGCCUGCCAGGGGAGAGCCCAGCCCAGCGCCCAGCAGCAGCGGCAGGGGGCCGCGCAGGGCAGCGGUGCAGGGAGUAGCUGCAGACCGCUGGCGGCUCCCCUGCCCCCGCGGCCGCUGCCAUGAGCUGCUCGGACGUGGUGAUGCACCAUUCCCAGGCGGCGUGUGGGGCGCCCCAGUAUCUGCCAAGCCCGGUGGCAGCAGCCGCGUAUUGCCCCCUUCCUGCGCCCAGCCAGCAGAAGAAGUUAACUGUUUACAACAAGAUGCAAGAGUCCCUGGAGGUGACCCUUUCCAGCAAACAGGAAGAGGAUGAGAAAGACCAGCCUGCUGAGAUGGAAUACCUUAACUCUCGCUGUGUCCUUUUCACUUACUUCCAGGGAGACAUUGGGUCAGUAGUGGAUGAACACUUCUCAAGAGCUUUGAGCCAAACCAGCAGCUUCAACCCAGAAACUGCCCUUUCAAAAAGCAAGGCAGGGCUAAGCCCCCUGUGGAGAGAGAGCUCAACAAUUUCAAGCCAACGAAGCAGUUUCCCAGCUUCAUUUUGGACCAGCUCUUAUCAGCCUCCACCUCCGCCAUGCUUGAGUGGAGUCCAUUCUGACUUCCCAGUCACUGCACCAGGCACCUUCCCAACAGCAGAUCCUAGCAGCUGGCCAGGACACGGCCUUCAUCAGACUGCCCCACCUCCUCCCACUACUGCAUCAGAAUCCUGGCAUUAUCCUUUAGCAUCUCAGGUUAGCCCUUCAUAUGCACACAUACAUGAUGUGUACAUGCAUCACCAUCACCCCCAUCCACACAUGCAUCAUCACCAUCCCGGCUCUCAUCUUGACCCACGGUAUGGAUCCCUGUUGAUGCCUUCAGUACGUGCAGCCAGGAUUCCUGCUCCACAGUGUGACAUGACAAAGACAGAUCCUACUACUGUCACCAGUGCUACCUCAGCAUGGGCUGGAGCCUUUCAUGGAACAGUGGACAUCGUGCCAAGCUUUGGGUUUGACACAGGUCUACAGCAUCAGGACAAAAGCAAGGAAUCUUCUUGGUUCUGAAGAUGAGAUGCAUCUUAGCACCAGCUAGUGUCCCCACAGCUGGGAUGAUGAUAUUGAAACUGUUGACUGUUUCUGCACGGGGGCAAAGGACACACGCUAAGGAGAAGAUGAAGAGCCAGUCAUUCUGGUUUUGCUGUUGAGCCUUUUCUUUGGCAGGCCACUUCUGGGUCCCAGACCAUAGAAGAAAAAAAACUUAUUUUUCUUUCUUUCCUCAUCUGAGCCUGCUGCAGCUGUGCAACCUAACUUUGUUUUGCUCCUUUAACAGUGUUUUGUUUUGUUCAUUCUGGUGGGUUUUUUAAUGCACAGCCUUGAUUGUAGGGAAAAGACUGUGCCUUGACUACAGUGCUCAUCCUUUCAGGAAUGGAGUUUUUGUAGCUCUUUGUGUGUCUAUUUUUGUAGAAAUACAGAAAGUUUGGGUAAGAAUUGGUGGACUAUUUUAGGAUGCCGUAUUUUUUUUAAAAAAAUUUUAAAAUUGUUAAGUUCUGUUUAAAGAACUUGCUCUCAGAGAAGCACUGGCAAAAAAUGUAUAAAACGCUUGUUUUUAGAUGUUUGUAUUUGUGUGUUUGUUUUGUUACCUCAAUUGUCUUUUUUUUUUAAAGAGCAAACCCUUUGCUAGUCCAAUCCUUCAUUGUUUCCGUUUUUUGCAAGAUUUUGCAGUUUUUUGUCCUUUAUUCUAGCUUAAACAGCUAAAAUUUACUCUUAACAUUUCUACUAAAUAUUUUUCCUGCCUGUCAGAUUGUAGAAAUGGUGUCUAUGUUUUCUUUUUCUUGUUUCUGAAAAUGGCUUUGUGCUGUGCUCAGUAUGAGAAGAAAUGUGUGAAACCUUUUGCAUGGGGCAAAAUCUGCCUUUAUUAUAGGAUCUAUAUUUUCAACCCAUUCAUUCUUUCAAAAUGGACCAAAUAUUUAUAUGGACUUAAAGGAGAAAAGGAGCCUGGGCCUGACCCAGUGUCCAUCGAAGUGAAUGGAAAGCCUCCCAUUGACAUCCAUGGACUCUGGAUCAGGCCCUUUUUCUGUGAUAACCAUCCACAAAUUGGUAUUUUCAUUUCUAAUAAUUUUGGGAGGCGGGAGUUUCAGUUUAGGCCAUUUGAAGAGUGAUUUUUUUUUCACGUGAACAUUCAAGGAUAAAAUAUAGGUUUUGCAAAAAGCUGCAACUCGUGGAAACAGUAUUUUCAUAAGGCCAGACCUUGCAAUUUGCUGAAUAGCUUGUAUGAGUUGCUUGAGUGCCUUCAGCUCCUAUUUAAUUGAACUUGGACUGAAGUUUUCAAAAGUCGGCCUCUGAUCUCUGGUCCCUCUUUGUUUGGUUGCCCAACCUGAGACAUGUUAGGGACUGAAUCUGAAAAGGGCUGAUCGCCUGCAGCUCCUAUGGACUUCAUGGGCAGUUAGGAAUUUUUAGCCUUGGGCUAUCCAUUUAAGAAUCCACUCUGAGAUAACUUUUUGAUAAUUUUAGCCACAGAACAUUGCAAGAGAAUUGCUGGAUUGGGCCUGAUCUAGAAGCUCCCCACACACACACACGAGAAGUCCUUUGGAAGACAGUGUAAGUAAGGACUAAUUCCAUGAAUAAGAGCUGUAGCAUUGUAUAUUAAAAAAAAAGACAAUCUUGCAAUUAGCUUGGUGUAGGUGGAGCUAUGCACAGAGCUCCCUUGACUUCAGUGGGGUUUUUAUGGGGUCAGGAGUCUGCCUGUGUAGUGCUAACUGCAGGAUGAGGGCUGAAGUUGGUAAUGCAGUAAUUGUUUGGAAAUGUUGCCUUUUUGCUCCAUUCAGCUUUUAACAUAUAUUUAAGCUUUCUCUCAUUUUUCAAAAUAUUCCUAUCAUAUAUUCUAUUUUUGCUACCACUCUCCCAGCCAAAACAUUCAAAAGAUGGACAAAAAUAAUCUAAGUGUGAUCAGUACUGAGACAGAGGCUGACUUGUCUUUAGGGCAGUGAACAUCUUAAAUGUGGGGUUUACAAGUGCAUAGGACCCACAACUCCAAAUGAAGUGAAUGGGAGCUGUAUGUGCUCAACCUCCUGAAGUUCAGUUCUAUAUCUUGAUGAGAUAACCUUCCUCUACGCUCUUAGGACCUGGUGUUGUGAGGUGCUGGCAACUUCCACUCCCAUGGAAGCUAGCUGGAAAUGGAGGCACUCAGAAUCUCAGAAUUAAGCCCUUAAUGCUAAAGCACAUGUUUUGCUGAUUGGGGCAUACCUAAAGAUCUGAGCCCCAGUUAUAACAUCCUAAACUCCUUCCUCCUAUCUCCCCUAGUCAUUAACAUUUUUUUCCUGAUACUGAACUUCACUCCCACUACAGUCUCAUAGCAAUGCUGCUCUCCUGGGGGAGCUGGUUUCUUUGUUGCUCAAUGGGUUAGUUAGCAACAGAAAAACCUCAAGGACAGGAAGCUAGCAUAAGCUUCUAAAAGUUUGGCUACUUAUAAGAAAAUUGUAGUUCAAGAACUACUGCAAGAUCAGACUCCUUUGUGGCAGUGCCAGAAAGUCCUGGGUUUGGCUUUGCUGGAAAUGGUGAAAAACAAGUUUUUCAUAGAUUUGGCUAGGCCUGCAAGGGGAAGGUUCUAACCAAACAUUUUGAACUAAAAACAAACCAAAAAAGAAGUUCCUUUUUGAAUUUUGGUUGAUUCUUAUUAUAUCUGAAUUGGCUCACCUGUUUCUAGUAAUAGUGGCCAAUUGAUUGCUCUCUACUUUGCAACAACAGAGCAGGGAAGGACCUGCUCCUGUUCCCGUUGAACUCCCAGUGACUAAAAAGACAGUACGGCAAGGUCCAAAGUUUCUGCUCAAAUCUCAAUUAGUUUUGUUAUUAUGGGUUAGCAGGUAAGCGAGAUGUGAAUGAUUGAAGAUCCCAUCAUCUCCUGUUUCCACCAUAAGGGCUCUUCCCACUGGCUAACCUGAGAAUAAGUCUAAAGUCCUUCUUCUGCUCUGCAGGGUCAGGUAGACAGAGCGCCAAUAAAAACACGCUACUGGUGUAACAGUUAAUGCAUCUGAUCAAUUGACGUAAAGGUUUAUUAAAUUUUUCUCCCUGUUAAAUUUGAUUUCACUAGCAACUAAACUGACCUUUGCUAAGAAAUUAGCUGGAAAAAAAAUAAAGCCAAAGCUGUAGUAACGUGGUUGCUCAUAUAUUCUAAAACUUGAAGGACAAGAACAAAUCUUCCACAUGACAAACCUUUACAGUUGAAGUCAACAGAUUUACUCCACCAGAAAAAAAACAAAGAAAAGAAAAGAAAAGAAAAAGGGCUUAUGAGAAGCAGAUGUUGGGUUGAUAUCCAUUCCUGAAGGAACAGAUUCUGUACUCGCGACAUUUCAGUCUGAGAGUACUGAUGGCAGUGAAAAUAAAAGGGAAAGUUUCUGACUGCCUGCUUUCGGGGCAUAAGAGAAAAGGUCUGUAAAAAAAGGGCUCAAUCAGUCCACAAGUCUUAAUACACUGCAAAAGGAAUCAUCUCAUUGCAUAUAUGCUAAAUUCUACUGCCCUCCCAGGAAAAUGGCAGAUUUAUUUUGUGAGGGCCUGUACUAACAUAAUGUACUUUAUUACUAUUUUUGUGAGGAGAUGCCGAAAUGAUAUUUGUGUCCAUACAAAUAAUGAAAUUUUUAUUAUAAAGUACUUAACUCUUUCUGUAGAGGUUUCUACCUACUGAGUUAUCUGGGGUCUGAUCCUACCCCCUGUGAAAUAAAGUGGACCACUCUCAUAGAUUAUAAGUAGGAACAGGACCUGUCAACCAGAUUGAACCAUUCCCGAGACUCUGUUUGUCCAUUAGUUUUGAAGCAGAACUCCCCAAUAGUUUUAAUAAGGGCAUUUCCAGCUUAAAAACUGGUGGAACAAUAUGGCCUUUAGUCACACAGAAGACACAGUUUUGUUGGAGAUUUUGAAUACAUUUCUCUUGGUAGGAGACCUACUUUUGUUCUGAUUCUUCAGAUUUUUCAGUACUAGAAACAUAAUUCUGCAAGGUAAUCAGAGAGGUGGCGAGCGGGGGGGCGUUAUAACAUGGAAAUCUUCUUGGAUGUUUUUCCCUCCAGCUUUUAAAAAAAAACAGUUUCUUCCUCAAAACAUGCUUUAUAAAGAACACUAUCUUUUUUCAAUUUUUUUGGAGUUGUUAUAAAAGAUUUUUUCUCCCCUUCCCCUCCCCUCACUUCCUUUAGAAAUUAAUUGGAAUUGUAUGGUAAAUCCCAUCUGACUCUGAAUAUUUAGGCAUUUGCAUUUCAUUAUGUUCUCCAUGACCUCAGGGUUGUGUGAAUUUUUUUUGUCUGUACAAAAGGCUUUCAGAUGCUCUUGAUAAACCCUGGUUGGCUGUACCUACAAAUGUGACCAGGCAGUCAGCAGGUGUUUAUAAACAGAGGUGCAAUGUGUUUUCAUGUGGUGGACAAGUGAUAACUGCUGACAAUGGAUCAUUCUGCUCACUUCAGGCACAAUUCUUUCCUUUUAGCCAUAGAGCAUUAAUUUACAUUUCUGUUAAACAGAUAAUUUUUUAAAAGAUUUUAGAUUUUUUAAAAUAUUCCAGCCUCUUGAGAUUUCUAAAGUGUGUUUGAACUAUUAGUGUUAGAGGCUGUAAAGAAAAAAAAGUUCACUUGACAUAUAUGUCUUUUAAACUGAACUCCCAGGUCCAGCAAGAAGGGAUUUUUUGUUUUUUAUUUGUUUUUUAAGGAAACAUUGCCUUUUAGUAUUAGUCUCGUGGUCUCAGUCUUGCAGUUGUGACUUAGGCAAAGUUCUCAUUGAAGUCAAGGGUCUUUUGCCUGUGCAAGAUCCAACUCUCUAACAGUGACAGGAGUGCCAAAGGUAGUUUUCUUACAAUGCUUGAUCCUGAUGCACUCGGAGGAGAGAAGAGUACCUCUUGCAUUUCAUGCAGAUACUUGGACAGCACCUGCAUAGUGCUGUACCCAAUCUACAUAGGCAAAGAAGACCCAACAAGGGAACUAGAUAUUUCUGAAACUCAGUGUUGCGGACCCCUUAAUCCACACUCUGAGGUUCUUGGCAUCCCCUGACUAGAAAAAGUGUUUCUUCUGUUAAGAGCACUGAACUUGGCAGUCUGCAGUAGCUCUCCUGGGGGCUGCAUCUUAUAAGGUGCUUAGAGCUUCCUGUGAAGUGCUGAGCAUCCUCAGCUCCCACUGCAGUUAGUUGGAGAUGAGGGGUGCUUAGAAUGCCAUAGCAGACAUUCAGCAUUUUGCAGGCUCUGCCACCUAAUGUCCACCGCUAUGCAAGAUUGAGCCCUAGAAAGGGAAUAGCUAAAUAAAGGCCCUUAUUUUAUUUUUUUGAGCAGGGAUCCUAGAAAAUCAUUUGCUGUGGAAAAAUGCAGAGUUUGUGUUUUUACACAGAUCUUUAGUUUUGAAAUUUUGUGAAAAAAAAUAAAAACAUAUACAGUGGAACCUUAAUUGUCAGAUCUAACUUAAUUGUCCGAGCUAAUAACCAAAAAUUCAAGUAAUUAAGCGAAUGGAUGGGGCUCAGCCCUGAGUGGUGGAGCUUGCGUUGUCAUCUUAAAAAUUGUAAAUAUAUCAAUAAAACAUUGUGUUCACCUUAUAUCUGUCUAUAUUGUGGGUAGGAAAACUAAAGUUCAGUAUUUCAUUUUAAUUACAGGAAAAUGCAGAUUUUUAUGAUUUUUUAUUUAUUGGAGAAUUUUGGUUUAUUUUUAUCAUGGAAAACUAGGAUCCCUACUCGUGAAAGACCGGAUCCAGCUUUCACUGAUGUCAGUUGAAAGACUUCAGUGACAGCUGUGUCAGCAGGAUCAGCUUCUAAUGCCUGAUCUCCAUCCCACAGUGUUGGUGGGCAAAAAUUUUGACUUUGUGUCUGAUCCAUAGUCUGCUGAAGUCAGUGGGAGGCUUUUCAUUGAUUUUAGUGAGCUUUGGAUCAGGCCAUUAGUAUUUAUGCAACAGCAAUUUUUAUAGUAACUGAAGUUUACAUGCUUUAUUAGCAAAGUUGCAAAUCAUUGCUGCGCUGAAUGAAUCCCCUUUCCCUUCCAAGAUUUGUAGCUGUUGUUUAAAACCAUCAAUCAAAUCAGGUGCCUCUCCCCUCCCAUCCACUUUCAAUCCUUACUGCCCUCAAAACUCCAUUUAACUCUUUUGUGCCCCACAUCAAAAUUGAUGGGGGACAUGAUGUAAAGAAAAGUGUUGGGUUUUUUCAUUGUUUAAUAAAUAACUUAAUGUGAAUUUUUUAUUGUUAUAUUUUUAUGUAGCAGUUUUGGUUUUGUCUGUAUUUCUUGACCAUUAGCUAAUGCUUUCAUAUUUUAUUCUUAUGCAACUAAAGAAUUCAUAAAUCUCUUAGUAAA